AUGGCUUCUGGGUCCAAGAGGCGAGCCUUGGGGAGCGAGGUGCCGCGUCCUCAGGCCGCUGCGCUCCGACACGGCGAGGAAGAAGACGAAGAUGAAGUCGAGGAUGAGGAGGACGACAGUGACGAAGAAGACGACGAGGUCGUUGACGAGGAAGUGACUGUCGAAUUUGAAGCUCACACCAUCUCCGAAAACGAUCAUGACGGAAUUAAGAAAUUACUGCAGCAGCUUUUCCUGAAGGCUCCCGUGAACACAGCAGAGCUGACAGAUCUCUUGAUACAGCAGAGCCACGUUGGGAGCGUGCUCAAGCAAACAGAUGUGUCAGAAGACAGUGGUGAUGACGUGGAUGUUGAUGAAGAUGAGAUUUUUGGCUUCAUAAGCCUCUUAAAUUUAACAGAGAGAAAGGGGACCCAGUGUGCCGAGCAAAUUAAAGAGUUGAUUCUGAGCUGCUGUGAGAGGAGUGCUGAGAAGAGCGUGGUGGAACAGCUGGACAGGCUGCUCAACGACACGGCCAGGCCCGUGGGCCUCCUUCUGAGCGAGAGACUCAUCAACGUCCCACCUCAGAUCGCCCUGCCCAUGCACCAGCAGCUGCAUAUGGCACAGAGUGACUCGUCGACCAGGACUGUCACUGUGGCAUGCUCUAGGGCACUGUUUGUGGCUAAGGCAGUCCUGAAGUUCAGCUACUCGGUGCAGGAGGAGAGCGACACGUGCCUGGGAGGCAGAUGGUCUUUUGAUGACAUCCCGAUGAAGCCCCUGCGCACGGUGAUGCUGAUUCCGGCUGACAGCAUGGAGGGCAUCAUGGAGAAGCUGAAAGAACACCUCUCCCUCUAA